AUGUCUGAUAAAUUGGUUGGCUUGGCAAUGCUUGCUGUUGCUACUGGUGUAUUCUCCUACUACACCGCUUGGGUGUUUUUGUUACCCUUCCUAGACGAUGACAACAUUCUCCAGAGCCUUUUCCUCCCAAGAGACUACGCUAUCAAGUUGCCAAUCCUCUUGCUCGUAUUGGCAAUUUUGGCCGUGGGUACUUUUGUGGGAAGAGUGUUGUUGAAGAACGCUGAGAAGGAAAAGUUAAAAAAGAGUAAGAAAUCCGACUAA